CGAACCGCCAUCCCAUUGUUUUUAUCCCAUGGCUUUGUUUCCCUCGCUCCAUCUCUCUCCUUCCGAAGCGAUUAAAUUAUCAAGCAAAUCCGAAGCGGCGGAGCUGUGCAGCCUGUGUUCGCGAUUCCGUUCAUCGAGUUCCGAAGAUGAGCCGACACCCUACAUUAAGAUGGGCACAAAGAUCAGACAAGCUAUUCGUAACAAUUGACCUGCCAGAUGCCCAGGAUGUGAAGCUUAAGUUGGAGCCUGAAGGGAAAUUUUUGUUUUCUGCAAUCAGUGGAGCAGAGAAGAUACCAUAUGAAGUUGACAUUGAUCUCUAUGAUAAAGUUGUCAUAAAUGAGAGCAAGGCUAAUGUUGGCAUGAGAAACAUUCGGUACUUGAUAGAAAAGGCUGAAGAGAAGUGGUGGAGCAGGUUGUUGAAGCAAGAAGGGAAACCUCCUGUGUUUGUGAAAGUUGAUUGGGACAAAUGGAUUGACGAAGAUGAGGAAAAAGGAAACAAGCCUGGAAAUGAUAUGGACUUCAGUGACUUGGACUUUUCAAAACUUGGUAUGGGUGCUGGUGGAGGCAUGGAUGCUGAUGACUUGGGAGAGGAUGAUGAAGACGAUAAAGAGGGAGAACAGAAAGACCAAGCACCUCUUGCAGAAACCAUUGAGCCUGGCUCUACAAGCAGCGAACCUGAUGCUAAAGCUUAACCUUGUGCAGCUCAUGCCCUGCAGCCAGUUGAUGCUAGCUUCUCCGCGUGAAAAAAUGCUAAGUUUUGGGUUUUGUUUUUUUUGUUUUCUCCUACGUUUUAGUGGCAAGUGUGGGUGUAGUGAGUUGUGUGUGUAUUUGAAUUUUGGAAUUCUGAGGUCUAGAGGGGGAGUUUUCAUAUUUUCUUUGCGUUUAGUUGUAGGAUUCUUUACUUUGAGGGUGUUGAUAUCUUCUCCACGUUCAGUUUAAAAAUUGUUGCUUCUAUUUCGUACCAUAGGCAUUGUGCUCUAUAAUUUCAUCUAUUUGUAUACUCGAAGGGAAAUUUUAA